GGAAAAGAAGAAGCAGAUUCCCUGUGGGACGCCUUUUGGGGCAAAAACAGGAGCACCACUAACUAACCGAUUCGUGCCGCACACCACGCAAAGCGAAGCAUGAAGCGCAGUAAGCACCGCGGCCACAAGCAGGAGAAGAAUGGAGAUGAGCCCGCUGUCCUGGAAGCACAGAACCUGGAUCGCCAGGCCGCGUUCAUGGGGGCCCGCUUGGAGAUGGACGCCGUCUCGCUGGCCUCGGUCACCGCCGUCACCACCAACGUGUCCAACAAGCGGUCCAAACCCGACAUCAAGAUGGAGCCCAGCUCCGGCCGGCCUGUAGAUUACCAAGUGAGCGUGACCGUGAUUGAGGCCCGACAGCUGGUGGGGCUCAACAUGGACCCCAUGGUGUGCGUGGAGAUUGGAGAGGAUAAAAAGUACACCUCCAUGAAGGAAUCCACCAACUGUCCGUACUACAAUGAGUAUUUUGUCUUCGACUUCCACGUACCUCCGGAUGUGAUGUUCGACAAAAUCCUCAAAUUGUCUGUCAUCCACUCCAAAAACCUCCUGCGUAGCGGGACACUAGUGGGGACUUUUAAAAUGGACGUGGGCACCAUCUACUCUCAGCCAGAACAUCAGUUCAACCACAAGUGGGCUCUGCUCUCCGAUCCGGAUGACAUCACGGCCGGGUGCAAAGGUUACGUCAAGUGUGACAUCGCAGUGGUCGCCAAGGGUGACACCAUCAAGACGCCGCACAAGGUCACCGAGUCGGACGAGGACGACAUUGAAGGGAACCUCUUGAUCCCGGACGGGGUCCCGGCGGAGCGGCAGUGGGCCCGCUACUUCCUGAAGGUCUACAGGGCUGAGGGUCUGCCCAGGAUGAACACCAGCAUCAUGGCCAACGUCAAAAAGGCUUUCAUAGGAGAGAAUAAGGACCUGGUGGACCCUUAUGUCCAAGUGCAGUUUGCCGGCCAGAAGGGGAAGACGUCGGUCCAGAAGAGCUGCUACGAGCCCAUCUGGAACGAACAAAUCGUCUUCACCGAGAUGUUCCCGCCGCUGUGCAAGCGCAUGAAGAUACAAAUCAGGGACUCGGACAAAGUCAAUGAUGUUGCAAUCGGGACGCACUUCCUGGAUUUGAGGAAGAUUUCCAAUGAUGGAGACAAAGGCUUUCUGCCCACGCUGGGCCCCGCCUGGGUCAACAUGUACGGCUCCACGCGGACCUACACCCUCAUGGACGAGUACCAGGAGUUGAACGAGGGUCUCGGUGAGGGCGUGUCCUUCAGGGCGCGUCUGCUAAUCAACCUGGGCGUGGAGAUCCUGGACCCCUCGUCUCCCGACACCUCCAGCUCCACUGAGGUGCAGCUGGAGAGCAUACCAAACAUCUCGGAGAAUGCCACUGGGAAGAUGGAGGAAUUCUUCCUAUUUGGGUCUUUCCUGGAGGCCACCAUGAUUGACAGGAAGAUUGGAGACAAGCCCAUCAACUUUGAGGUCACCAUAGGUUACUAUGGAGACGAGUUGGACGGCGCCAUCCAGCCCAAAUCGCGAGGCAAGAAGAAAGAAGACGGCGAAGAGGAGACGGAACUCAUCCACGACUCCAGCGAGGAGGAGAUGGACGACGAUGGCGACCUGGCCUCGGUGGCGACCACCCCGCCCAUGAAACCCGUCGUCACCGAUCGAAACUACUUCCACCUGCCCUACUUUGAGCGCAAGCCGUGCAUUUACAUCAAGAGCUGGUGGCAGGACCAGAGGCGGCGGCUGUACAACGCCAACAUCAUAGACAACAUCGCAGACAACCUGGAGGAAGGGCUGAACGACGUGCACGAGAUCAUCAAGACAGAAAAGGCAUACCCUGAGCGGAGGCUGAGGGGCGUCCUGGAGGACCUCGGCCACAGAUGCAGUCAGUUCCUGGUGCUGGCAAACACGGACCAGAACUUGUCGGGCAAAACCAAGCUUGACAGGGAGAGAGUCAAGCUGUGCAUGUCUGAAGUGGAAGCCAUUGGCCAGCAAGCCAAGGUCAUGAGGUCGCAGGUGAAGAAGAGCACAGUCAGAGAGAAGGUCAAGCUGGUGCAAAACUUCCUCCAAAAACUACGAUUCCUGGCCGACGAACCCCAACACAGUGUUCCCGAUGUUUUCAUCUGGAUGAUCAGCAACGGUAAAAGGAUUGCGUAUGCCCGAGUCCCGUCCAAAGACAUCUUGUAUUCCGGCAUGGACGAGGAGCGAGGGAAGGACUGCGGCAAAGUCAAAACCAUCUUCCUGAGGAUCCCGGGUAAGAGAGGAUUUGGACCCGCGGGCUGGACCGUGCAGUCCAAGAUUGAGAUUUAUCUUUGGUUGGGUCUGAACCGCCAACGUAAAGACUACCUGUGUGGACUUCCAAACGGAUUUGAGGAAAAUAAGCUGUCCAGAGGGCCUGGCUUGCAGUCCGCACCUCCCAUCAGUCUGACGUACAUGAUGAAGCAGAUCUUCCAGCUGAGGGUUCACAUGUACCAAGCCCGAAGCCUCUUCGCCGCCGACAGCACCGGACUGUCGGAUCCUUUCGCACGCGUCUUCUUCUCCACGCAGAGCCAAGUCACAGAGGUGCUGCCCGAGACGCUGUGCCCGACGUGGGAUCAGCUGCUGCUCUUCGAGAACGUGGAGUUGUACGGCGAGGCCAGCGAGCUGAGAGACGACCCGCCGAUAAUUGUCAUCGAGCUCUACGAUCAAGACACGGUGGGCAAAGCGGACUUCAUGGGCAGAACCUUCGCCAAGCCGGUGGUCAAGAUGGCCGAGGAGCACUACGGACCCCCACGCUUCCCCCCUCAGCUGGAGUACUAUCAGAUCUACCGAGGGAACGGCAUGGCUGGGGAGAUGCUGGCGGCGUUUGAGCUCCUGCAGGUUGGACCUUUUAAAAAAAAGUUUGAUUUAUUAUCAACCAGGAAGUACGUAAGUUUGGAACGAUUCCAGAUCGGCCCCAACGGCAAAGCUGACCUUCCCCCCAUUGAGGGUCCUGCCGAUAUGGACCGCGGCCCGCUUCUUCCUGUUCCGCUGGGAAUCAGACCAGUACUCAGCAAGUACAGGAUUGAGGUCUUGUUCUGGGGCCUGAGGGACCUGAAGAGAGUCAAUCUGGCUCAGGUGGACCGCCCCCGUGUGGACAUAGAAUGUGCCGGCAAGGGGGUCCAGUCGGCACUCAUCCCCAACUACAGGAAGAACCCCAACUUCAGCACUCUCGUCAAGUACUUUGAAGUGGAUUUGCCGGAGAACGAGCUGCUGCACCCGCCCCUCAACAUCCGAGUGGUGGACUGCAGGGCAUUUGGCCGCUACACCCUGGUGGGCUCGCACGCCGUCACCAGCCUCAGGAAGUUCAUCUACAGACCCUCAGACAAGCAGGCCAACAACUGGUCCACCACGGAGGAAAUCGUGGUGGUCAACAUGGAGCCCGAAUCCACUUUUAAGAAGAUGGACACCGUGGUCAAAUUAGACUCUGGUUCGGACGCUGUGGUCAAAGUUGAGGAGGACGAGAAGGACGCCAAAGGGAAAAAGAAGAAGAGGAAGAAGGGGGACGAGAUGGAAGAUGAUGGACUGGAUGAGAGCAUGCUGGACUGGUGGUCCAAAUAUUUUGCCUCCAUUGAGACCCUGACGGAGGCACUUAAGGGCCAAGAGGGGGCGCUGUCAGAUUCCGAAGACAAAGAGGACAUGGACCUGGCGGACGGAGGAGGCACCAAGAGAGGCAAAGGGAAGAAGGACAAGAAGAAGGCGGCCGUGGAUCCGACGGAGAAGAAAAAAAACAAGCUGGAUGAGCUGAAGGUGUACCCCAAGGAGCUGGAGAGUGACUUUGACAGUUUUGAGGACUGGCUGCACAGUUUCAACCUCUUCAGGGGCAAAGGCGGCGAUGACGACGACCAAAACGGGACGGACGAAGACAGGAUCGUUGGGAAAUUCAAAGGCUCCAUGUGCAUGUACAAAGUGUCGGAGGAGCAUCCGAGAGACUUUGACUCCAACAUGGGAAUGUUCCAGAACAUUCCUCACAACGAUCCCAUCAACGUCCUGGUGCGAGUGUACAUCAUCAGGGCCACCGACCUGCACCCCGCCGACAUCAACGGGAAAGCCGACCCGUACGUCACCAUCAGGCUGGGAAGGUCGGAAGUGAAGGACAAGGAGAACUACAUCUCCAAGCAGCUCAACCCUCUCUUCGGAAAGUCCUUUGACAUGGAGGCCACCUUCCCCAUGGACUCCACCCUCACCGUGUCCAUCUACGACUGGGACCUGGUGGGCACCGACGACCUGAUCGGGGAGACCAAGCUGGACCUGGAGAACCGCUUCUACAGCAAACACAGAGCCACGUGCGGCAUCACCUGCGGCUACGCCACCCAUGGUUACAACAUUUGGCGGGACCCCAUGAAACCCACGCAGAUCCUGGCCAAGCUGUGCAAGGACGGCAAGCUGGACGGGCCCCACUACGGGCCGGGCGGCAGGGUGAAAGUGGAGAACCGGGUCUUCAUGGCUCCCACGGAGAUCGAGGAUGAAAACGGUCUGAAGAAGCAGACCAACGAACACCUUGCGCUGACCGUGCUCAAGCACUGGGAGGAAAUCCCCCGCGUGGGCUGCAAGCUGGUACCGGAGCACGUGGAGACCAGGCCGCUGCUCCACCCUGAUAAACCGGGAAUCGAACAGGGGCGGAUUGAGAUGUGGGUGGACAUGUUCCCCAAGGACAUGACGGCGCCCGGUCCGGCUCUCGACAUCUCACCCAGGAAACCAAAGAAGUUCGAGCUGAGGGUCAUCAUCUGGAACACGGACGAGGUGGUCCUGGAGGACGACGACAUCUUCACGGGAGAGAAGUCCAGUGACAUAUUUGUCAGAGGGUGGCUGAAAGGACAGCAGGAGGACAAGCAGGACACGGACGUCCACUACCACUCCAUCACCGGUGAGGGCAACUUCAACUGGCGCUUCAUCUACCCCUUCGACUACCUCAUGGCCGAGGAGAAGAUCGUCAUCUCCAAGAAGGAGUCCAUGUUUGCUUGGGAUGAAACCGAGUACAAGAUCCCGGCUCGCCUCAACCUUCAAGUGUGGGACGCCGACCACUUUUCCGCUGACGACUUCUUAGGCGCCAUCGAGUUGGACCUGAAUCGCUUCCCACGCGGCGCCAAGACGGCUAAGCAGUGCACCAUCGAGAUGGUGAGCAGCGAAGCCGACGUUCCCAUGGUGUCCAUCUUCAAGCAGAAGAGGAUUAAAGGCUGGUGGCCCUUCGUCGCCAGGAACGAGGACGACGAGUUUGAACUCACGGGCAAAGUGGAAGCUGAACUGCAUCUUCUCACCGGAGAAGAAGCGGAGAAAAGUCCGGCCGGUGAAGGACGCAACGAGCCGGAACCUCUGGAGAAACCCAACCGCCCGGACAUCGCCCUGCUGUGGUUCCUCAUCCCGCUUAAAGCGGCGAAGCACCUGGUGUGCGACCAGUACAGGUGGCUCACCAUCAAGAUCGUCACUGCUCUUCUGCUGCUCGCCAUCUUGGCUCUCUUCCUCUACAACAUGCCAGGGUACAUGGUGAAGAAGAUGCUGGGGGCCUGAGUCCGCACCCGCAACAUGCAAGCGUUCAUAAAUUCAUAUGCAUGAUAUUUUAUUGUGUUUCUAUCAUUAAUUGAAGAUUUUGAAGUUUGCGGAUUUUUGAAGUGAUGAAACUCUUUGGUGACUUUUUAUGU